UCAGACUUCUCGCCGUCAACACAAACAGUCUCCCUUUCCAGCCGUCCGACGACAGUUUCAAUCUUUUUCGGCAGCAGCUUUCAACGAAAACCAGCUAUGUUCUCUCUAUCGUUCUAUCUAUAUCUCAUCUAGGGUUUCUAACUACACAUGUAUUUAUAAUUGAAAAACCAGCUCUUUUGUUCACGAUGCUUAGUCGAGGCUGUGAACUAUAUUUGUGCGGGGUGGAAUUGGGGAUUAAUUAUAAACGAUAAAACACUAACCGGACAGGUGAACCCACCCUCCCCGGCGGCCGGCCCUGGCCCAAGGCGACCAAGGCGGUCGCCUUGGGCCUCAGAUUUUAGAGGGCCUCAAAAUUUGAGGCCCAUAGGGGAUGCAAAAAAUUAAAAAUAAAAAUAAGUUAGGGCAAGUUUCGGACGACACAAUCUGCUUCGACACUCCGCAGGGCGCAGCCUCCGCUAUCGCCUCAGGUGACAAGUUCUCCUUCACACAAUGACUACUGCCUUUGGAGGAAAAUCAGAAUUAUCAGGAUGUGUUGCUGCUUCAAUUAGGUCCUCUUGUCAGAAUUUAUUCGUCUCUCAAGCAUACAACUGGAGACCCAAGAUUGAUUGCUUUCCAAAGAGACUUCCACCAUUGUCAGUUUCUUUUAGAGAAACAGGAGCUAGAAAUUUUUUGAAGCGUGACCUGAUAGUCUCAAUGUCAAGAAGCAAUCAGGGUGAAAGUCUUACGUAUAAGGAUGCUGGUGUUGAUAUAGAUGCUGGAUCAGAGCUUGUGAGGAGAAUUGCUAAGAUGGCACCUGGUAUUGGAGGUUUUGGAGGGCUUUUCCCACUUGGGGAUUCCUAUCUUGUGGCUGGUACAGAUGGUGUGGGAACUAAACUUAAGCUUGCCUUUGAAACUGGAAUUCAUGAUACUAUUGGUAUUGAUUUGGUCGCAAUGAGUGUCAAUGACAUUGUUACAUCUGGAGCAAAGCCCUUAUUUUUCCUUGAUUACUUUGCUACAAGCCACCUUGAUGUUGACCUUGCUGAAAAGGUUAUAAAAGGAAUUGUUGAUGGCUGCCAAGAAUCCGACUGCGCUCUUUUAGGUGGAGAGACUGCAGAGAUGCCUGAUUUCUAUGCAGAUGGCGAAUAUGAUCUUAGUGGUUUUGCGGUUGGCAUUGUAAAAAAGGAUUCAGUUAUUGAUGGGAAAAACAUUAGGGUUGGGGAUGUCCUAGUUGGUCUGCCAUCAAGUGGAGUUCAUUCCAAUGGUUUCUCUCUUGUUAGGAGGGUUCUAGCUCAAAGUGGCCUUUCCCUGAAGGACCAACUUCCUGGUGAAACUGUUACGUUAGGUGAAGCUCUGAUGGCGCCAACUGUUAUAUAUGUUAAGCAGGUUCUGGACCUAAUUAGCAAGGGAGGUGUGAAAGGGAUAUCCCAUAUCACAGGUGGUGGUUUUACAGAUAAUAUCCCUAGGGUGUUUCCAGAAGGCCUUGGAGCUGUCAUUUAUAAAGACUCUUGGGUAAUACCUCCUGUGUUUAAAUGGAUACAAGAGAUGGGAAGAAUUGAGGAUUCUGAAAUGAGGCGGACCUUUAAUAUGGGUAUUGGGAUGGUUCUUGUUGUUAGCCAGGAGACGGCUCUUAGAAUACUUGGGGACGGACGUGGGGCAAACAUAGCAUACCGAAUAGGGGAGGUUGUAGCUGGGGAGGGAGUGAGCUUUCGCUGAAAUGCUGUCAUGGUGUUUUUGUACUAUCUGUUUGAUGAGACGAGGUAUAAAUUAUUGCGGCCAUAUGUUUUCUUCGGGUAACUUUUUUUUGGGUUUAAUUUUAGCGUGCAAUUAAGUUUUCAUAGUAUUGAAGGUAUCUGGUUGUUGGUUUGCAAGCUACAAAUGCUUGACAUGUAGAAUUACUGAAAUCACUUUUAAAAAAGUUUGGAAUCAUCUCUAUUUUAUUUUUCUCCCA